UUUGUGUGACUGUGAUGGAGUUUGUUGACUGUACAAGAAGAGAAUACGCUAAAUAAAAAUAUGUUUUUAUGAAGUUAUUUAUUUUAAAUGUAUGUGAUUAACAAUAAAUAAAAGUGUUUAAUCGAUUUAUAAAAGUGUUUUUAAUGAUCAUGAUUGAAAUACAUCCACACGGAUACUAACAAAAAAUAUAAAUAGUACUUGGUAUUAGUAAAUCUGUAAUGGAAGCCAUGUCAUGAAGAUACCAAGUCAGUGCGGUGCACCCACAAUGGAAGAUAAUUCUGUCACAAAUCAAAACGGAGGUCAAUUAGGACCUCAAACAGGUUCUAUAAUUAAUAACAAACAAAAUGAUGAACCAAAUCAAACACCACAAUAUUCAAUACCGGGAAUAUUACAUUUUAUUCAACAUGAAUGGGCUAGGUUCGAGUUAGAACGAUCGCAAUGGGAAGUUGAUCGAGCCGAAUUACAGGCCCGAAUUGCAUUUUUACAAGGUGAAAGAAAAGGUCAAGAAAAUUUGAAAAAUGAUUUAGUACGAAGAAUUAAAAUGCUCGAAUAUGCUUUAAAACAAGAACGCGCUAAAUUUCAUAAACUAAAGUAUGGUGUCGAUUUAAAUCAGGGUGAAAUCAAACCUCCUGUAGAUGAUCCAGUAAGUGAAAUGCCUGGUGAUUCCGAAGCACCAUUUAGUUCAGUAUCGAAUGUUACUUGGCGACAGGGUCGACAACUUCUUCGCCAAUAUUUACAAGAAAUUGGAUAUACUGAUACAAUUAUAGAUGUACGCUCAAAUCGUGUACGUUCCUUGCUAGGUCUGAACAAUAACGCCGAGCAAGAGGAAAACUUAAAUGGAUCCAAUAUAAAUAGUAAUGAAUCAAAUAAACGAGCAAGUGAAAAUCCAGGUCGCAGAACACCAGCUAAAAAAGCACAACCUAGUUCUUUAGCGGAAGCAAUGAUAUUGGAUACAGAAGCUGCUGUAAUGGCAAAUUUUGAAUUCUUACAACAACAAGAUGUUGAUAUGGAAGAUGAUGACGACAUGUCCGAUGAUUUAGACCUCGAUACAACCGAAGAAGUUGAUGAUGAUGUACGCUCAGCAAAAAGUCAUGUUAGAAACAAAGGAAAAUCAUCAAUUAUUUUAAAUGAAGGCUUAGCUGAUGACGUGGAUGCCGAAGCCGAAGAAGUUUUAAAUGAACUAAAUCUUUUAACAGAAGCAGAGGACUCAAAUAUAAACAGAGGAUACAAAGCUGAUAUUAGAUCACAAGGUGAUGCAGCACCCCCAAAUUGGAGUCAAAGUAUAGUAUUUGGUGAUGUUCCUGGUCGACCACUUGGUGAGCUUGGCGACGAUGAAAACAUGGAUGGAGGCUUGGGUUUAGGUGAGUUGGCACAAUUAACUGUAAACAAUGAUGCCGAAGCUACAUACGAUAUUACAACUAAUAAAGAAGCUUUUAGAAAAACUUGGAAUGCUAAAUAUACAUUACGCAGUCAUUUUGAUGGUGUACGAGCGUUAGCUUUUCAUCCUACCGAAUCUGUGUUAAUUACUGCUAGCGAAGAUCAUACGCUGAAAUUAUGGAAUUUACAAAAAACGGUACCCGCUAAAAAAUCUGCAUCGUUAGAUGUUGAACCCUUAUACACAUUCCGGUCACAUAGUGGGCCUGUUUUAUGUCUUGCAAUGUCUGGUAUGGGUGAUCAAUGUUAUUCGGGCGGAUUAGACGGUAUAAUUCGGUGUUGGGCAAUGCCCCAUGCUAAUAUUGAUCCUUACGAUUCAUUUGAACCAAGUGUAUUGUCAGCAAGUCUCGAGGGACAUACAGAUGCUAUUUGGGGAUUAGCUGUGCAUAAUCAAAGACUACAAUUAUUAUCAGCUUCAGCAGAUGGGACUGUUAAAUUAUGGUCACCUCAAACCAAAGUGCCCUUGCUGAAUUCAUUUACAACAGAGCAAGAUGCAGUGCCAACAUCCGUUGAUUUUGUUCGAGAUGAAACAAAUCGUAUUAUAUCUGCUUACAAUAAUGGAUAUUGCAUUAUUUACGAUUCAGAAAGAGCGACGCCUGUUGUGAAAUUUGAAGCUACACAAGAUAUUACUAGCAGUGCGACGGGUAGACAAAUCAAUCGAGUUGUUUGCCACCCAACAUUACCGCUAAGUGUGACUGCACACGAAGAUCGACAUAUUCGAUUUUGGGAUAACAAUACUGGCAAAAUAGUACAUUCGAUGGUUGCACAUCUCGAAGCGGUGACAAGUCUAGCAAUUGAUCCAACUGGUUUGUAUUUAUUAUCAGGUAGCCAUGAUUGUUCAAUUCGAUUAUGGCAUCUAGAUAAUAAAACAUGUGUGCAAGAAAUCACAGCGCAUCGUAAGAAAUUCGAUGAAUCAAUAUUGGAUGUGGCAUUUCAUCCUUCGCGACCAUUUAUUGCGAGUGCUGGUGCUGAUGGCUUAGCUAAAGUAUUUGUUUGAGAAACAAAUUGUACCAAAUAUGUACUAUCUACGCCUUCCGUCAUCUCGGUUUGCUGCAAGAUGCCUACGGAAUGUCACAUCUCAUAAACGUACUAAAUACAUUUAACUACUGCCACAUAAUACAAGUUUGAAGAACAACCCAAGUGAUUUUUAACUAAGUGUUUUCGACCUAAAUAAAACAGUAGAUGACAUCCCACACAACACACUAGUCGUCGAAUUUUUGGAUAUUGUUGGAGCUCUAUACUUUUUUUUUGUUUUGAAGAUUUUGAGUAUUAUAUAUAUAUAUAAAACACACACAAACAAAAAAGGAUACUUUUCUCUCGGUGCGUCAAUCAUCGUGUUGUAAAUAUUUUUGAAAAAAAAAAAAACAAACAUAUAUAGGUUUAUUUAUUGUAAAUUUAAAAACACCAUUAUUACUCCGCGCCCCAUGGUGCUGCAGCUGAUUGAUUUAUUUUUUUAGGGACUUAGUGUUCAAAUAUUAUUAUCAAUUCUCAUUUUUUACUGUAGACUGAUUUGAUAUAAGGUAUCAAAAAACUAGAAACUAGCGCAGAGUGAUUUAGAGAGAUUAUAUUUCAAAGAAAUUUCCUUAGAAUUUCUCCAUUUGAUUCUAUAUCACUUCUUCUAAAGCGAUAGUUUCAAGUACACCUUGUAUACAGUCUGGAGUACACUUAUAUUUAUGAAAUGAUUACACAUUUGAUGAACAUAAGUGUGUUAUGGGGUGGAGCGUUUAAAGAUUAUUUUGAAACGAAUAUGAAAUAUCAUUAUUUUAAAACCGCUUCCAAUUGGAAAUCUUCUUAAUACAUCUAACUUGUGUAUAAUUUUUAUGAGAAUCUCUAUUAAACCCACAUGACUGGUUAAAAGAUUGAUUAGUUUUCUAAUUCGACUUAAUUAGAAAAAGCGUUGGCUGUGACUGAACAUCGGAAAUACUUUGGGUGGCAAAAUUUAUGGAACUAUUAAGAAUUUUUUCGAGUGACGAAAGUCAGCAAUGUUUAUUUGAAAUAUUUUCAGCUAAUUUUUUCAGAAAUUUCUAAGUCUGACAAAGCUAGCCACCGUUUGCUUGUAAUAAUGAAAGUUUUUUUAGAACGUAUACAAAUCGUGGUAUUGGUUUUGUUAAAUAUGAUUACGGGCUUUAUUGACUCGAGCAAAGCUCAAUUUAGAAAUCCUAUUUUAAAAACUCAAUUGGGGCUGUGUAUAUCAAGAAUUUUUAGAGCACUUCGUUGAAUCAAAACUCGAGUUCUAUAUUGAGCUUUAUUCAAACCAGUAUCAAAUGAUUGAAAUAAUUUUAAAAAGAUUAGACAAAAUAAGAAAGAAAACAAGGCAA